AUGGAGUCGUCGCUGCUAUCAAUCGAGUCCCUUGUUAGCCAAGUGAAAAAUGAAAUUUUUUAUAACCUCCUUAGCCAUAGUGAUGCAUUUGUCUCCCCCUCAGCCUAUGACACUGCUUGGCUUGCCAUGAUUCCCCACCUAAAUAAUCACAAAAUUCCCAUGUUUUCCAACUCUCUGAAUUGGAUAAUCCAAAACCAGAAUGAAGGUGGGUUUUGGGGAGAAACCAAUGAAGAAGGAAUUCCCACCAUUGAUGCUCUCCCCUCUACCCUUGCUUGCUUGAUUGCUCUCAAAAUGUGGGACCCUGCCCAUCCAAAUAUUGAAUCAGGGUUGAUGUUUAUUGAGUCGAAGGCGGAGAUACUUCUCAAAAUAAACUAUCAGAACUUGCCGCGGUGGUUUGUGCUGGCUUUUCCGGCAAUGAUUGAGCUGGCGGAGGCGCACGCGCUUCCUCUUGUUUUCCCUCAUGGAUUAGUCACAGUCAUAGCUCACAUUUUCGUCAUGCGCCAACAUAUUCUUGAAACGGAAGAGCUAGUUGGAGACGAGGCACAGCGUUGCUUUACGCCACUCCUUUCAUACUUGGAGACAUUCCCAUCUACUUACCAUUUUGAUCACGAAGAAAUGGUGAAGCGGUACUUGAGCAGUGAUGGCUCGCUGUUUCAGUCGCCGGCUGCCACUGCUCAAGCCUUUAUGUCCACCCAGAAUAUGGACUGUCUCAAAUAUCUGCAAUCACUCAUUCACAAAUUUCCCAAUGGAGUACCUGCAAAAUAUCCUGUGGAUGGUGAGUUGAUAAAACUGUCGUUGGUGGACCACGUGCAAGGACUUGGCCUAGCUCCCCUUUUUCAUCAAGAUAUUAAGCUGCUGCUUGCUCAAAUUUAUAGAAGUCAGCAGAAUACCAAAUCAGACUCGAACAGCAGUUUCCCAUUGAAGUUAUUUAAAGACGCAAUGGCUUUCCGGCUUCUCCGGAUGCACGGACACGACGUUGAUCCAGAAAGCUUCUGCUGGUUUUUGCAUCAACCGGAAACAAUGGAGUAUAUGGAACAAAACAGCCAACACUUCAUCACUGCAAUGUACAGUGUUUACAGAGCAACAGAUUUAGCAUAUCCUGGAGAGCACCAAUUAGAUAAAGCAAGAAAAUUUGCUACUAAAUUGCUCCAAAAUUCUAAGACCAGGCAUAGAGAUUAUAACUUGUUGAUUUCAAAAGGACUUCAAAAUAUGAUCAAGUAUGAGGUGGAUGUUCCAUGGACUGCUCGUCUUGAUCGUCUUUAUCAUAGAAAGUGGAUUGAAGAAAACAAAAGCAGCCCUUUAUGGAUUGGGAAGGCCUCUUUCUACAGGUUGUCCUGCCUUGAGAAUAACAAGCUGAUGCAACUAGCUGUUGAAAAUUUUGAAUUUAUGCAGUCAAUAUAUAUGCGUGAACUAGAGGAUCUUAAAGGAUGGUCGAAGAAACGGAGGCUUAGUGAGAUGGGAUUUGGAAGGGAGAAGACAGUUUAUACCUAUUUUGCAAUUGCUUCUUGCUCUCACUUUCCUCACUAUUCAGUCAUGAGAUUGCUUCUUUCAAAGGCCACCAUAAUUGUCACAGUUGCUGAUGACUUUUAUGACAUGGAAGGUUCUUUACCUGACUUGGAAAUUUUGACUGAUGCAGUUCAAAGAUGGGAGGGCGAAGGAUUAGAGGGCCAUAGCAAGACAAUAUUCGAGGCAGUAGAUGAGUUUGUGAAAGAGAUGGUAGAAACUUGCCAGCCCCAACAAAGAAGCAUGGCUAUUCCCAAGUUGCAACAACUUUGGCGUGAAUGCUUCAUGUCGUGGAUGGUCGAGAGAAGAUGGAGUGUGACAGGGUAUACACCGGCCAUGGAUGAAUACCUAGAAACCGGGAUGCUGUCGAUUGCAGUACACACAAUAGCUCUUCCAGCCACCGCUAAUUUCUUCAACCCAAAUGCAAACCCUCUUCAAUACCAAAACAUCACCAAAUUGCUCAUGGCUGUCGCACGUUUAUCAAACGACAUGCAGAGUUAUCAAAAAGAAGUGGUUGAUGGAAAAAUGAACUUGGUGAUGCUCCACUGGCAGCAAAAUCCAGACAGUGGCAUCGAAGAAUCAGUAGCGCAUGUGAAAGAGAUGCUUGAGCUGAAAAAGAAAGAAUUGUUGCAACUUGUGUUCUCAGACAGAUUUGAUGAAGAAAUGAUGAGUAAAUCUUGCAAGCAAACACAUUUAUAUUGCAUGAAGGUGUUUGAGAUGUUCUUCAACUCAGCCAAUCUCUUUGACAGUGAGACUGCACUUAUGCAAGAUAUAAACAAAUCCAUUUACCUUCCCAUUACUCAUCGAAAACCCUUCAACCCUAAUGCCGUUCCAUCCCUCAAACACAACGACAAGUCCAACGUUUCCGAUCCUAAUGUUGUUCCCUCGCUCAAAAACAACGACAAGUCUAAGGUUUCCACUCGCGAUCACACCCACUCAAAGCCACCACUACACACCACCGAUUAUAUCAAACUUGCACCCUCACCAAAACUACCGCACCUUCCCGUAAGAUGUAAUAUGCGUCUCACCGGCUUCGGCUUGCCACUUUAAUGAUCUACUACACUUCAUUUAUAUGUUAUCAUGAAUAAGUUUGGUAUUUGGGGACUAAUAUCAAAUGUAUGUGUAGUUCUAAUAUUGUUUAGCCACUGUAUUUCACUUUUAUGUCAAAAGUCUCCAAGAGUGGGCUAGGUUUUAUAGUUCACGCUCAUUAUCUUAUGGUUGUAUGUUUUUAUAUUAUCUGUAUACAGUAAUAUUUCAUUAGUA